AUGUCAUACAACAGAUUAGGCGCACCAGGCGGUAGCGACGACCCGUACGAGAUGGAUCCCCGAAGACAAGUUGGGCGCACUCCUUCGCCAGGGCAGCCUCUCCGUGGCUAUCAACUAGAAGACCGCUAUGCGUCACCACAACCCUCGGGCAUCUUGGAAAUCCCAAUGGGACCCAACCCUGCAGCAGCCUCCGGCGACCGCUUGCCGUUACAACCAAGUUACUCAGUAGAGAACAUCCCAUACGCCGCUGGCAACUAUCACGACGAUUACGACCCACGACCGCAACAUCACGACUCCGAUUACUCGCUCGACCCCCAAGCGCAUCACGAUGCAUACUACAACCAGCCUUACGACCCAACUCCGCAUGAUGAGAGCCCAGGCGCAGGAUACGGCACACAACCGACGCAUUACUGGCAAGAUGAGGACAUGAACAGACCGAUGAUACACGGGGCCAAUUCCUAUGGCCCGGAUCCCCAUGACGCAGAUGACAUGGACCCAGAGAACCCCUUCCACGACGAGCCCGCGCCCACACCUAGCCCAGCUCCAAUCAAGCGAUGGAAAACAGUCAAGGAAGUCCAAUUGUUCAAGGGCAAUUUGGUGCUCGAUUGUCCAAUUCCGCCGCGGUUACUGAACCAGGUUCCACAUGCACAGCCCCCGGAGCGUGACGAGUUCACUCAUAUGCGCUACUCGGCCGCCACAUGCGACCCUGCAGACUUCGAUGCAGAGCGCUUCACUUUGCGUCAGAAGCUUUUUGCAAAGCCAAGGCACACUGAGCUCUUCAUUGUUAUCACCAUGUACAACGAGGAGGAUGAAUUGUUUGCGCGGACAAUGAUUGGUGUCAUCAAGAACAUUGAGUAUAUGAACUCGCGAACCAACAGCAAGACGUGGGGCAAGGACGCGUGGAAGAAGAUCGUAGUCUGCGUCGUCAGCGAUGGUCGUGCCAAGAUCAACCCGAGGACCCGCGCCGUGCUAGCAGCCCUCGGUGUCUACCAGGACGGCAUUGCCAAGCAGCAAGUCAACGGCAAGGAUGUGACUGCCCAUAUAUAUGAGUACACCACGCAAAUGACGCUCGACAUCAAGAAGGGCGUCGUCGGCGUCAAGAAAGGCAACACCCCCGUCCAAAUGCUGUUCUGUUUGAAAGAAAAGAACCAGAAGAAGAUCAACUCCCAUCGAUGGUUCUUCCAGGCUUUCGGAGCUGUUUUGGAUCCCAAUGUUUGCGUGCUUAUCGAUGCUGGUACAAAGCCUGGAAAAGACUCAGUCUACCAGCUGUGGAAGGCGUUUGAUCUCGAGCCCAUGUGUGCAGGUGCCUGUGGUGAGAUCAAGGCUAUGCUAGUGCAUGGUAAAAAGCUCUUGAACCCGCUGGUUGCGACACAGAAUUUCGAGUACAAGAUGAGUAACAUCCUGGAUAAGCCUCUCGAGUCUGCGUUUGGUUUCAUCUCUGUGCUUCCUGGUGCCUUCUCCGCAUACCGCUACGUAGCGCUCCAAAACGACAAGACUGGACAAGGGCCACUGGAGAAGUACUUUGCUGGUGAAAAGAUGCACGGUGCCAACGCUGGAAUUUUUACAGCUAACAUGUACCUGGCCGAGGAUCGUAUUCUUUGCUUCGAGCUCGUCUCCAAGAGAAAUUGCCAUUGGAUCCUCCAGUAUGUCAAAUCUGCUACCGGAGAGACAGAUGUACCGACCACCAUGGCCGAAUUCAUCAGUCAACGUCGUCGUUGGUUGAACGGAUCCUUCUUCGCUGCUGUCUACGCCCUGGCUCACUCUUUCGAUAUCUUCCGGAGUGACCACUCUUUCUUGCGCAAAACCAUGUUUCUCGUUGAGUUUGCCUAUCAAACUAUUAGCAUGAUCUUUGCCUGGUUUGCUCUUGGUAACUUCUUCCUGGUUUUCCGCAUCCUUACGGCCUCCUUGCAGAACGAACUCGGUACGGCGGGUAAAGUACUCUUUAUCGUAUUUGAGUGGCUCUACAUCGCUGUGCUGAUAACGUGUUUCAUAUUAUCACUCGGUAAUCGGCCACAGGGUUCCAACAAGUGGUACAUGUCUAUGGUCUACUUCUGGUGCAUUAUCAUGGCUUAUCUCAUGUUCGCGUCCAUCUUCAUCACCGUUCGCUCCGUCCAGGGACAGAUCGAAACCAACGGUGGCUUCAACGCGGCAGACCUGUUCAAGGAUAAGAUCUUUGCCACUUUGAUUAUAUCACUACUAUCAACGUAUGUGAUGUGGCUAGUGGUGUCCAUCAUCUUCCUGGAUCCAUGGCACAUGUUCACGUCGUUCUUCCAAUACCUGCUCAUGACACCCACCUACAUCAACAUUCUCAACGUCUACGCCUUCUGCAAUACCCACGAUAUCACUUGGGGCACUAAGGGAGACGACAAACCGGAAAAGUUGCCUUCGGUCACCACCAAGGCUGAUGGUAAAGCUGAUAUCCAGGCGCCAACUGACGACGCCGAUCUCAACACUCAGUACGAAACAGAACUCCGCGUCUUCAGCGCUAAGUGGAAGGAAGAGAAAAAGGUUCCUUCGGCUAGCGAGAAGCAAGAAGAUUACUACAAGGGCUUUCGAUCUGGUGUCGUGCUCUUCUGGAUGUUCUGCAAUUUGGGCUUGUCGGCUUUGGUUCUGCAGUCCGGUGGCCUGGAGCUCACCGUCAGUAGUCCCGACGAGGCUCAGCAGAAGCAGAACGACGCUGCCACUAUUUACCUGGCAGUAGUUCUCUACAGUGUUGCUGGCUUGGCUGCGUUUAGGUUCAUCGGAGCUAUGUGGUUCUUGGUGGUACGAAUGGUAAGUGACGCACCAAUGGCUUUGGGGCAACACCAACCAGACUCAUCACCCACAGCUAUGAGCUGGGAUACGGGUACAACUGCAGGCGGCAGCUCCUCAUGGGAUCCGGCUCCUGCUGGCGACAGCUGGAACGGCGAUGAUGCCGGUGCCGGUGCCGGUGCAGGCGAUUCUUGGGGAAGUGGUGCUGACGCUGGCGGAGGCGGAGGCGAUGCUAACGACGACGGUUGUCGCAUCUGCAAGCAGCCCGGUCACUUCGCCCGCGACUGCCCUGAUAAGCCUGAGGGCGGUGGCGGUCUUACUGGCGAGUGCUUCAACUGCGGUCAAGUUGGUCACAACAAGGCAGAUUGUACCAACGAGAGGGUAGAGCGUGCUUUCGAUGGUACCUGCAAACUCUGCGAUCAGCAAGGCCAUCGCGCUGUCGACUGCAAGUCUCGUCGCAUUGUCGACUGGUCCGGUGUGCCUGAGAUGGAUGCCUCCGCUGCCUGGGUUGCUCUGAUCGAUGCUGCCAAAGAGAAGGACCUCGACGCCUUCCGCAUCUGCUUGAGGGCUUACGCUCGCGCUACCAUGGAUGAGUUCAAUCUUGCCGCCGUCGAGCAGGCUCUUCGCGAGGAUGACCUCGCAAUCUUUCUUAUCGCCAAGCAGCAGGAGAUCGCCCCUAACAUGACUAUCGUCGACCUUAUCGGCAACCCAGAUUGCAAGUUUGUUUUGUCCGUCCAGCUCUCUGCGAAGCCUCGUCGCGCCAAGAUGGCUCAAGGCUGGCCUGAGAGUCCUACUGAGAAUCUGGAGCGCCUCACCUCCUGCGGCUACGUCCAGGAUUGCGGUGUCCCGCUAUGCGGUAACUGCGGUGAGCUUGGUCACGUUCGCAAGUACUGCAAGCAAGAGCAGGCUGAGCGCGAGAACACCGUGCCCGAGGCUCAGUGCGUCUACUGCCAGGAAGUUGGCCACCGUGCUCGUGACUGCCCCAAGGAGCGUGUCAACCCUUACGCCUGCAAGAACUGUAAGCAGGAGGGUCAUAACUCCAAGGAGUGUCCUGAGCCUCGCUCUGCUGAGGGCGUCGAAUGCCGCAAGUGCAACGAGACUGGUCACUUUUCCAAGGAUUGUCCCAACGUUGCCGCUCGUGCUUGCCGCAACUGCGAUUCCACCGAACACAUGGCCAAGGACUGCGACCAGCCUAAGAACCCGGAAAGGACUCUUUGCCGCAACUGCGAAAAGACGGGUCACUUCUCCCGCGACUGUCCUGAACCCAAGGACUGGUCUAAGGUCAAGUGUAAUAACUGUAACGAGAUGGGCCACACCGUUAAGCGCUGCAAGCGGCCUAUUGCUGAGGAUGGAGGUGAUUCAGGUGGUGAUUGGGGUGCGGGUGCGGGUGCGGGUGCGGGUGCGGGUGCGGGUUCGGGUGCGGGUGAUGGCGAUACUGCUGCUGUCGCUGGAGGUGAGGCUUCAUGGGGAGGUGACACUGGCGGAGGUGGCUGGUAG